AUGGGCAAUAAGGAGGCCUGUUUCGCUCUGUUGCGGCACUACCAACAGUGGGGUGUUGAGGCCUGCCCUCCGCUCAAACACAUGGGCAGUCUGCUUGUACAGAUGCGUUUCCUGGUGCGUCAGGCCCUUCUCACAACCACCAAGGAGAAGACAAAGCGAGAAGAGUAUCAGAAUAAGACGGAACGGCGUAUGCGCCGACAGUUACGCCUCAUCGAGGAGAUGACCACGGACCUCUCCAAUCAAACGGAAGAACACAACAAGAUGGUAAGGAGAGAUCGGGAGCGUUAG